AUGGCUGAGCCCAUCAUUCCAAUAAGCUCAUCAGGCGAGGCACAGGGUAUCGCUUAUCGUGCCCUGGACCACACUACGUAUGAGUUCCGUCUCUUAUACCUCGAACCUACUGCUGCCGAACACGAAAAUCCUUCGCAAGAUGACAAAGUGAUCGGCGAGCUUCAUCAUUUCCCUCUCAGUGGCUCUCCCCCCUUCGUCGCCCUCUCGUACUGCUGGGGCCAGAGCGGCGCUGAAAGCCCGAUCGUGAUCGAUGGCACCGUGCAGAAAUGCGGCUCCAAUGGUGAGGCCGCCCUCCAAUAUCUUCGCAAUACCGGGGGCGUCUACGUCCGGAUCGAUCAACUAUGCAUCAACCAGAGCGACAAUGCCGAAAAGGGCCACCAGGUUCGCAUCAUGCUCCAGAUCUACACGGCCGCCACCCGGGUCGCUGUAUGGAUGGGCCCCCCCGGAGACGAUAUCGACCUGUUCUUCUCUCACACCCGCGCUAUGAGUGCCUUGGUGAGAGAGGAGAAGUACGUCGACGUGGUGCGGGCCCACGCCGACAUCGUCUUCCUCCAGAGAGUAUCCCACGCGCUCCGCGCGUUCUGCAAGAGAGAUUACUGGACUCGGGUGUGGAUUUUCCUGGAAUUCGCCGUUGCGGAGGAAGGGGGCCAGGAAGUGAUGGAGACGCUUGUGGAGAUGCUCCGCGGCUUCAAGACCCCGGCGAACAACUUCCUCGAGGGCGUCUUCACCCGGCGGCGCAGGUACCAGCUGCGGCAUGGCGACCCGUCCGCACGUCUGGCCACGCGCACGAUCUCCGAGGUAGAGAAUGGCAUGACGGUUGGCAGCGAGAGUCUCUUCGCGGUGUUGGUGACAACGCUGGUGAUGGAGAUCGACUACAAUCAACCGCAGUCGACGGAUCACCGGGACCGCGUCUUCGCCGUGAUGCAUUUUGCUGACGACGUCGCCGAAUUUGAAGGUCUUUCGGACUACAGCCUCAGCUGCGAGCAGGUGUAUCAAAAUAUCGGCCGGCGCAUUCUCCUUCAGGGCAACAUUGAUGUCUUGUCGUACUGCCAAUUUCCACGCGAUAAGCCUUUGGCAACGUGGGCACCCGACUGGAGGAUGGGGAUCAGGAGACCAAACAACGGGAACCCGUGGCGCUCAAAGUUCGAUGCCUCAAAGGCCUCGUUUCAGGAGCAAGCCGUUCUCAUCCCGGAUGAAAAGACUGUACAGCUGCGGGCCGUUCUAGUCGAUGCCGUCGUGGAGACGGGCAACGUCUGGGACCCCAACUGGGUCGAGGAGCUGGACUGCAAGGCUGCGUUGGAAUACCUCGACGACGUCGAGAACCUGUGCAAGAAGUCGCCCAUGUUCGCCGAGAAGAUCAAGGCCCAGGACUUCAAAGACGUCAUACGCAUCUGCACCGCGGACCGCUACCACUACAAGGAGCCGGAGAGACAGGCCGAGCUUCUGGAGGGCUUCGCCCAGGCGGUCGUGUGGAUGAGCAGAGGCGCUGGGAAGUUCGCCGCCGAAAUGGAGGAUAUGGGCAUCCGUAUAGACGACACUAUCGGGUGGCAGCAGCCGUGGUUCCUGUCCGCCCUGAAGAAUCUCCACUCACGACGGCCGUUCCUCUCGGCGUCGGGGUACGUCGGGUUGGCUCCGAUGCAUGCUCGGCCAGGAGACAAGAUCAUGAUUUUCCUUGACGGGAAAACGCCGUAUGCCAUCCGGGAGACGGAAGAGGGCUUUUACGAAAUUGUGGGGGAGUCGUAA